AUGAGAAGAUCAUUACCAGUUUUAGACAACUCUAAAUCUCAUGUUCAUAACAACAGCAUUACAAUUAUUCACUGCAGGUGCAUAUAUGCACAAUGGCUUCCGGUGGAUUUGCAAGAAGAGAUACUCUCUAGGGUUCCGGCUAAAUCUAUGGCACGAUUGCAAUCAACAUCGAAACAAUGGAGAACUGGUAGCUUUGCUAAGAAGCAUUCUGCUAAUGCACCAAAGGAGUCUCUGAUUAUCAUGUUGAUUGAUUCUAGGGUUUACUUAUUAAGGAUCAAUCUCCACGGAAUUCACAACAACGUUGCUCCAUCUGUUAAAAUUCCCUUUUCUAAAUCUUCUUCACAAGUUGAAGUCGAUAUACGUGACAUCUUUCACUGCGAUGGUUUAUUGCUAUGCACCACCAAGGACAAUAGACUCGUGGUUUGGAAUCCAUGUUCAGGAGAAACCAAGUGGAUUACUAGAAAGAGCUACAAGGAAUCCGACUUCUAUGCUCUCGGUUACCACAACAAAUCCUCCUGCAAGCAAUACAAAGUCUUGAGGCUGGAUCAUCAUGAUGCUGUUGAUAUGAUCAAUCACGAUGUGGUGAUGACAUAUCCUUAUUUCUUACAAAGUUUUGAUUUCACAACAGAGAGAUUUCAAAGUCUGUCUCUUCCUCAGGAGGUUCCUUAUAUGUUUACAGAUAUAUCAGUGAAUAGAGAAGAGCAACUUUUUCUGUUGGGUUAUAGUAAUAAGUACCCAUUUUCAUGGGAUUUGCAUGUAUGGGUGGCAACUAGUACAGGAACAGACAUGUCAUGGAGCAACUUGGUAACAGCGCAAACCUUUCGAGAUUUUUUUUAUAGGUCUAAUGGGAUCAGUUUCUUGGCCGACAAACAGCACAAAGUUGUAGUGUUCUGCGAGAGGUACUGUAAUCUCAACAAUACCAUUUACUUUGUGGGAGAAAAUAAACACGUACAAGUGGAUUGUCAUGGUGGAGAUUCAACACUCAGAUUAUCUUACUCACUUCUUAUGAAUUAUGUUCCAAGUUUGGCUCAAAUUCAACAAGGUACAGUUCUUCCACCACGCACAUGACUUGUGACAAACUUACGG